UCAGUCAGUGACGUCAUCACAUGGAGUAAGCCUCCCAGACGCUUGUUUUGAGGGAGAGAGAGCGAGGAAGAAAAAAGAGGACAAGAGAAAGGGGGGGCUCCAAGCGGAAGAAAAGCACCGCUCGUCAAUCGAUUGAUGCGUCUGCUUUCCCUGUACAUACAUUUUUAUUUUUUAAAUUUGAAAUAAUGUCCACCCCGGCGAGGAGACGGCUUAUGAGGGAUUUUAAAAGACUUCAAGAGGACCCUCCUACCGGUGUGAGCGGAGCGCCAUCGGAGAACAAUAUCAUGCUUUGGAACGCUGUUAUUUUUGGGCCUGUCGGCACGCCAUUUGAAGAUGGAACGUUUAAGCUUCUGAUUGAAUUUUCAGAGGAGUACCCUAACAAGCCUCCCACGGUUCGCUUUGUAUCCAGAAUGUUUCACCCCAAUGUAUACGCAGAUGGCAGUAUAUGUUUAGACAUUCUCCAGAACCGCUGGAGCCCCACGUAUGAUGUUUCGUCCAUACUCACCUCGAUCCAGUCGUUGCUGGACGAGCCCAAUCCGAACAGCCCAGCUAACAGCCAGGCGGCGCAGCUCUACCAGGAGAACAAGCGGGAGUAUGAGAAGCGAGUGACGGCCAUCGUGGAGCAGAGCUGGGUGGAUGUGUGAGAUCCCAAACCAACCCCCCCGCUUCCUCCAACCCCCGCUCGUUGAUUUUUACCUCGUGUGUGUGUGUGUGCGUGCGUGUGGAGAUGCGCAUAUCACAAAAACUCAAUAAGUGCCACCAUGCAAAAAAACAAACAAAAAAAAACAAUGGACGUUAUAUCAAGGGAGUGAGGCAGAAUCAUGUCCCACCCACCCCCAAUUAUUUUACUUUUUUAUUGCAUGUUGUGACAUAAGUUAUUGCUAACAGAACGUGUAAUAUAUGUGUUUGUUUGUUUGUUUUUUUUGAUUGACACGCUGUCAGUGCGCUGCUGCUUGGUUUGCUUGGAAAUGGCAGUUUCAUGACCAAAUUUUUUUUUAAUCCCCCCCAUGGGUUGUUUAAAAAGCCUUUUGAUUGGAUGCCAUCUUUUAACAUGAAUCUCAUGACGACAGAUUUCCCCACCUCGAGGUAGAGGAAGUGCAUCGAAGGACAAAAAGUGUGGUGAGUCAGGCUAAGUUUGUAUUCUUGAGGGAAUUUUUUUUCCUCUGAUGUAAAAGGACUGAAAAGCUUGCCGGAAAAAAAAAACAAUAAAUAAAUUAAAAUAAAAAUCACUUACUCCCUCUAUCCAAAUGAAAAAGGCUGGGAAAUUGCGCUAUUUUUUUUUUAAACUGGCAUCAUGUAUUUAGGAUUUGUUCCGACUGAGCAGAAGGGACGUGUUACAUUUGUCAAAGGAAAGUAUACUUAUAACAAUAUGCUGUAUAAAAAAAAGGUAAUAAAACAUUUUUU